AGUGUCCUUCUUGUCCAUUUGCAAAAAUGACAUUUUUACAGCACGAGUUUUAAAGUCAAAAUACAUCGGGAUCUUCCUCUUUUAAAAAACCUCUACAUUUUAAUUUUUUAAGAAAUUGUAACGAUUGGCACGUUUAUUGCUUUAAGUUGCAAUGACAAGGGCACAUAUUGAAUUGGGAAAUGUAACCCCUCACAACAUAAAACAACUAAAGAAAUUAAACAGUGUUGUUUUUCCAGUAUCCUACAAUGAUAAAUUUUACAAAGACGUGUUGGAGGCUGGCGAACUUGCGAAAUUAGCUUACUAUAAUGAUAUUGUUGUGGGUGCCGUUUGUUGUCGAAUAGACACAUCGGAAAAAUCUAGGAGACUGUAUAUAAUGACGUUAGGGUGUUUGUAUCCGUAUCGGAGGUUAGGAAUAGGCACUAUGAUGGUUCAGCAUGUUUUAAACUAUGUCGAAAGGGAUGGUGAUUUUGACAGCAUAUUCUUACAUGUGCAAGUCAACAACGAAGGUGCUAUCGACUUUUACAAACAAUUUGGAUUUGAAGUUGUUGAAACCAAAGAACAUUAUUAUAAAAGAAUUGAACCGGCAGAUGCUCAUGUAUUACAGAAAACGCUAAGGAAAAAAGGUGAAUCGAAUGGAACUAAAAUAAGUAACGAUGACAGUGGAAAGGAUGGUUUUAGGAAGCAUUAAACACUCUUGAAAUUCUUUGUUAUGUUCAAUUUAAAGAAUGCCUUUUCAUGUUUUUAAUUGGAGAUGAAAGCGACUAUUGUAUUUAUUAAUUAAUCAAAACUGUAGGUAAUAUGGUUCUGCAAAAUUUCUUGAAUGUGGCAGAAAUCCAUGUUUUUAUUAUUACACCAUUCAUGUUUCCUAGUGUAAAUAAAUUAUAUUAUUACAUAG